UUGUCUCCUACUGAGAAAAGAAAAGACCUAAAAAGAGGCAGACACUUUCAUGCUCCUUCCUCCUCUCUAUCAAAUUUCUCUCUUCAGUUCAGUCUUCUCUCACGGAUAUUUUAAAGUGGUUGUUGAUUCGUUUCAAAAUAGUCCCCACUUAACCCCAACUAGAGAACAUUUCAAUCAUCUUAAUUACUCUUUAUUCUACUAUUUAAUUUGUUAAGAAAACAAUUAUUUUGCAACUUAUAAAGAUUUUCUCAAGAUUGCCUAUCAACAUCAUUUAAGCCCACCCCUCCUGUAAAAACCAUCAAAUUCUAAGGGUUCUUAUUGUUCUAUGUUCCUUUCAGGGUUUGAAAGGCCAUCUUCAGAAUUUUUUAAGGUCAGCAUUUACAGGAAGCCCAAUUGGAUAAUUCUUUGUUCCUGUAAUAUUUUGGUAGUGAGCUUGAUGCAGAUGACCGCGGAUGAAACCAGUGAGAGCUCCACAUGGAGUAGGGAGCAGGAUAAAGCCUUUGAGAAUGCGCUGGCUAUCCACCCAGAAGGUACAGAGAAUAGAUGGGAGAAAAUAGCUGUGGAAGUAACCGGAAAAACCUUGGAGGACGUAAAAAGUCACUACGAUAUCUUAGUUGAAGACAUCAGUGGGAUUGAGGCUGGACUUGUGCCUGUGCCUUGCUAUGUUUCUUCUCCUGAGGGUUCAGCGGAACAUGUAGGUGAGGGUGGUGCCAGUAGAAAAGAUGAAAAUUCUCAGGGUAAUUCAAAUCAUAAAGGAAAGGCAUCAAGGUUGGAUCAAGAACGCCGUAAGGGAAUAGCAUGGACAGAGGAGGAACACAGGUUAUUUCUUCUUGGAUUGGAGAAAUAUGGAAAAGGUGACUGGCGUAGUAUAUCCCGCAACUAUGUGGUGACAAGAACGCCUACCCAGGUAGCCAGCCAUGCCCAGAAAUAUUUCAUUCGUUUGAGUAAUUCAAUGAACAAAGACAGAAGGCGAUCAAGCAUCCAUGAUAUUACCGGCGUAGGUGAUGCUGAAAACAUAUCAACAACUUCCCGAGGGCCAAUCACUGGUCAAGCAAAUGGCCAUUUUGCUGCUGGACCCAGAGCCGUUUUAUAGACUAAGCCUACAACUGUUUGUUUUUCUUUUUAUAUAGGUAGUGCUUUUACAUAGUGGUCUACCACUGUGUUUGUUUAUAGUCAUACUGUCCAACUGUUGAUGAAAAGUGUGUUUGUUUUGUAAGCACCGGGUACUGCCUUCCAAUUCCAUCUAGCCGUUAAUUUACUUCUAUUCACUUUUGUGUAAGAAGAACAUUAGAUUUCAGUGCAUUAGGCAGUUCUCUUCAAAGUUAAAACUAAUUUAAAUAUCCUCUCUAUA